UUACAUUGAAAUUAAUUUCAUAGCAUCACGAUGUCGAGCACAUCCCAAAAACAUAGAAACUUCGUUGCAGAACCGAUGGGUGAAAAACCUGUAACAGAUUUAGCUGGUGUUGGUGAGGUUCUGGGCAAAAGAUUAGAAACUGCAGGUUUCGAUAAGGCAUAUGUUGUCCUUGGUCAAUUUUUGGUCCUGAAGAAAGAUAAAGAGUUAUUUCAAGAAUGGAUGAAGGAAACAUGCAGCGCAAACUCCAAACAGUCUGCGGAUUGUUAUCAAUGUUUGAAGGAUUGGUGUGAUGAAUUUCUAUAAAUCUCAAUUUAAGUAUAAUGAAAAUGGUUUUAUAGUAAUAUUUUUAUAAACUGUAAAUAUGAAACCAUACAAUUUUAUAGGUAGUUUGGUUAGAAUAAGUGAUGUUUUCAGAACAUUAUCAUAUACUUACACAUUGCAAUAGAGAACAUGUUGAAUAACAAUUCAAUAUAGGUUGUUAAUAAUCAAGUCUAAUAUUAGUCUUAAUUUCAUGUUAAGAACUAACAUAAAAUCUAUUAUGUGUAUUGACAGUUUUUAACUUUGGAACUACAUAUAACAUUCUAAGGUACCCCAGUUUUAUACAAUUGUACCAUAAGUAAGAACAUAAUACUAAAAUUUCAUCAAAAUCUUACAUGUACAAAUUGGAAACUGUCUGUAAAGAUUUAUUGGA